AAUGAUUCCGCACCAUCGCCAUCGCUCGUACAUCUCAUGAACUAGCUGCAACACAUUAUGCAGAAGCGUUGACUGGCAGAAGUCGCCAGCAAAACAUCUUAGAAAAUAACGAUAUGUCGCCGACGCGGGAUAUCGUUCGAGGCUCCAGUGGUGAUUCCGGUUCAGAAUCUGACAGCGCAUCAGGAUCUAGUGCAUCCAGUCGCAGCGGAAGUCCAGCCUCCCGAGCCCCUGUUCCAACUCCUGGACGAAGAAGUAGCGAGCAUUCAGAUGAUGAGAGGGAAGGGCCUGCCUCACCGGAUUCAAUUAGAUCCAUGAAUAGUCCUAAAUCAGAUGGUAGUCGUUCUAAUGCAUCAAAUAGAUCUGGAAGUCGGUCUCCUAGUGCCAAUAAAUCCAUCGCGAGUCCAACAUCUCGUAGAUCACCUAGCGGAUCACCUGCUAGAAGUGGGUCGAGACAUUCAAGUCCAGAAUCCCCAAGAUCUAGAAGAACUGAUAGAUCAGCCAGCCCUAGAUCACGAAGAUCUGGAAGUGGCUCACCUCAAACGGCAAGAUCACCCAGUCCUGAGUCACAAAAAUCUGUUAGGUCCAGAUCUAAUACACCACGGGGUAGUGUGAGGUCAGAAAGUCCCAAGUCUCACGUCAGCCCUACAUCGAAUAGAUCAAAGUCAAGGUCUCCGAGUCAGAAAUCAAAGACUCCAAAUUCUCCUUCAAAUAGAGGCAGUAGGUCAAGAUCUGUGACGCCAAAAAGCCACAGAUCAGGAAGCCCUCGUUCUCCAGGAAGCAAUAAGUCAGUCUCCCCUAAGAGCAGGCGGUCUGGGAGUCAGACAUCUCAUGCAAGUAGAAGAUCGGGAUCUCCUGGAUCACCUAAGAGUCACAGAUCUCCCAGUGGAUCCCCAAAAAGCAACAAAUCACGUAGUGCUUCACCGGCAAGUCAUAGAUCUGCAAGUGCCAGCUCUAGAAGGAGCAAUAAAUCCAGAUCUCGGAGUCCAGGUAGUCCAAAGACUGAUGGCAGCCCACAUUCAAGAAAAUCUAAAAGUAGAUCCCGCAGCCCUAAGGCUGCUGGAAGCGAUGCUGAAUCUGAAAAAUCACUACAAAUUGCUGCUGAAGGAGAUGAAGAGGGAGCAAAACGUAAAAGAGACAAUGAUAGUGCCUCAGAAUCUGGUAAAGAUCUGAAGAAAUUGAAGGGCCUCAUUGAUUCAGAUUCAGAAGAAGAACCAUCGACUAAAGAAAAGACUAAUGAUGUAGAACCGACAGCAGACGCACUGUUUGGAGAUGCAAGUGAUAUUAGUACGGAUGAUGAAAAGGAAAAAGAAGAAGAAGCGGUUGAGGAGAGUAAAAGUAAGAGUAGAAGCAGGAGUAGAAGUAAGAGUAAAAGUCCUAGUAAGAGCCGUAGCAGAAGUAGAAGUCGGAGUAGAAGUAGGGGAAGAUCGGACAGUGGCGGGGAAGGACCUAGUCACCGGGCCAUCAUUGAAGACGAUGAUGAGAAGGAGAAGGAGGAUGAACCAGAGCCACCACCAGAAACGAGAAUAGAUGUAGAAAUUCCCAAGAUAACAACAGACCUGGGUCGUGAAAUUCAUUUUGUGAAGUUGCCUAACUUUUUAUCAGUAGAAACCCGACCGUUUGACCAUGAAACUUAUGAGGAUGAAAUUGACGAGGAAGAAACUCUGGAUGAGGAGGGAAGAGCAAGAUUGAAGCUCAAAGUUGAGAAUACCAUUAGAUGGAGAGAAGUUUUCACGAAAGAAGGGAAAACAGAGAAAGAAAGUAACGCUAGGUUUAUAAAAUGGUCCGACGGAAGCAUGUCUCUGCAUCUAGGCUCGGAAAUAUUUGACGUAUACAGGCAACCGCUUCAGGGCGAUCACAACCAUUUGUACAUUCGACAAGGUACCGGUCUUCAAGGACAAGCAGUUUUCAGAACAAAACUCACCUUCAGACCUCACUCGACUGAGUCAUUCACUCACAGAAAAAUGACCAUGUCGUUGGCGGAUAGAUCGCAAAAAACUACUGGCAUCAAAGUAUUAUCUCAAGUUGGAAUGAACCCAGAUCAAAACAGAUAUGAAAUGAUAAAGAAAGAGGAAGAGAAGCUUCGUAUGGCGAUGCGAGCUCAGAGCAAAAAUAAAAAAUCAAGCGGAGGUGGUAGGGGUGGUGGUAGAGCGUCAGGCAGUUAUGGAACGGAAGCUUAUCACGAUGAUGGAUCUGACGACGAAGGGGCCAUUUCACUGGCAGCUAUUAAAAACAAAUACAAAAAAGGGGGAGCUGCACUUUCUGCUAAGUCCGCUGCAAACAUUUAUUCAUCGGAUGAGGAGGGAUCGGACUUUGAAGGUACAAGAUCCAAAAAAUCCCACAAAGGAAAAGUUUUGAAAGAUUCCGAUGAAGAUUCAGACUCUGCAUCCGAGAGCGGUUCAGGAAGUGGCGGAGGGGGUGAUGGCGAUGCAGAUGCCGCCAGUGACUAGAAUUUGUAAUUUCAUUUUUUAAAGGAUUGAUUACCGAACGACGCAUGAAAAAUAUUUCAAUUGUUCAGUCGGACCGGAAAAUGUAGGUUGUAGUAUUUUCACGCGGAAUAAUAAUAAGUAAUUAAUUAUGUACAUAAACAUGAAUCUACAUUUGAUCCACGCAAAAUAAAAAAAUAAAAGAUACAAUUUUCAAACCAUAUUUUAUAGGGUCCCCAUGAGACAGUUCAGUAGGUAUCUUUUAUUUCUUAUUAGGAGUUACAGUCAUGAUUAUAUUGACAUUAUUAUCAUUAACUAGAUAUACAUUAAUCAUUACUGUAAUCACAAAACGCAAUUAAAUAUAGUGACGUUAAAAAUCA